UGGCGCGCGUGACGUUGUUCAAUUAAAUUGAAUAUCAAACAAAGAACUAUUGACAUAGAUAUGUGUUUAAUUUUAAAGACCCCAACAACCGUCGUUCAGGAGAAUUCGUUUUUGUUGAAGAAGAGGAAAAGAUGGAUUAAACACGACAUUGAAUUAAGUUAAUAAUUAAAUUUAAUUAUGCCGCCUGAUAUGCUGGCAAACCGUUACAGCAGGCGGGAUCUGGAAUCGGUAAGAAGAACUGUAUUUGACGAAAUGUCAAAUAAACCUGUUUCAUUACGUGAGAAAAUGGAUUUAUCAAAAACAAAAUUGAGGAAAUUCGAGAGGAAAGCUGCUGAGGACGCCUAUCUUUUAGAUAAAAGUUCUAAAAGCGUUAGAUUUGAUUUUGACGGAAGGAAAAAGAAAAAAAUUGUUACAGAAUCCAACUUUUAUCCGGAAGAAGAUCGACCUUUCACCCCUGAAUUUCCUAAAUCUUUUACAAUUGGCAAAGGUUACAAGCCUGAUGCUGAUAAGAUUAAAAAACUAAAGCAAAAACAAGGAUACCCCACAGACAACCUCUACAGAACAUUGAGUAGAUCUUCGUCCAUAGAUAUUCCUAGUAGAUCAUCAUCGGCAAGGACUUACGUUCGAACUCCAGACGGUGGUAUUAUUCGCACUUACCCUAGAGCUAGCUAUACACCUCCAAAAAAAGGAGUUGUUCCUCCAAUAAGAAGAACGCAAAGGUACUAUACCUAUCCCGAUAGACACUCCCCGCCACUUGAUGGCUACAGACCUCGUGGUAAAAGGCCAACAGUCCCAGUUGGUUUUGGAUUCAAUAGAGCUGUUGAGGUGCCAGACUAUCUGAUUGAACGAAGAUCGAGAUCGAAGACUCGUUCGAGAAGGAGGUCCAGAUCCAGACAGAGAUCAAGGUCUAGACAUAGAUCUGUAUCGGCCUCUUCUAUAAACUCUCGGCAUGCUUAUCCCGUCCAUCUACCUUAUAUUGAAUAUCCCCCCGAAUAUGUUAGACGUCCCCGAUCAAGAUCCUGGUCCCGUUCUCGACCAGUUAGCGUCAUUAGCAGAGCUUCAAUGGCGUCCAAUAGGGUAGUUAAGCAUUAUCAUUGGUCUGAUAGAACCAAUAGAUUAGCUGAGCCAAAGCGUUACAGACGCCAUUACGUCUAUCAUCAACCAGGAUACGAUAGUCGUUAUCCACGCAUAAAUCACGAGGACCCUGUCGAUAUUCGACUUAAGAGAUGGAUGAGGGCGAAUGAAAAGAGAAUGAGAGAAGUUGAACGUCUAGACGAAGAACGUUUUUUGCGUAUGAAGCAAAAGGAGCAACCAGUAAAAACGAUUCAUGUCGUUCAUGUACCAAAAAAGGAGAGACGAGUACCUGAUCCUCUACAAUACAAGCCAAAGAAACCAGAAGAGAAGAGUGAAGUAUUCCAACGUCGUAAACAAUAUGAUGAACUUCUGAGGAGAUACCAUGCGGAAAAUAAAACAGUUUACACAACACUUAAAGAACAUACGAAACCUCAGGGAAUUUUGAAAACAUCCACUCAAAAGGUUACUGUAGUUCACGAACCGAAACCUCCAUUAUCCCCCAAGACUUCAACAACAGGAACAGUUAAGUAUACGAGGAAAUUAAAGGGACCACAGAAAAAUGAACCAUGCCCUUUUCGAGGAGGUCAAAGUGAACCGGACACUGUUGUAGUUGAGAGAAAAUACGAAAGGGACCCUGGAACGGAAGGUAAUGGACCUGCUUAUUUGACGAGAUACAAACAAAGGCUGGAUCAAUUAGAGAAUGACUCGAGAGAAGAAAUAAAAAUUAUUGAAAAAGAUAGAAAAACUGUCAGGAUCAAUGAUAUUGAUAAAGAAUUGUUAGAGGCGGAUGAAAGAUCAAAAAAACUUCAAGAGUCGGGAAAUGGGAAGAGAGGUAGCGAGAAUCCUGGGCGCGCUUACCUCUUCGACUCUGAGCCCAGGCAAGGAACAAUAGAUUUGGAAGAUGAAAUUGGAUCAGAAGCUUCUGGUGUACGAAACCCACGAGAUAUCUCGGAGACUUCUACGGAAAUUGAAGAGACGAUAGAUAGAAGCAAUAUCGAAACGGGUUCGGUCAUAGAGAGAAAGGAAAGAUAUAACCAUUCGACCUGGCCGUCGUACAGCAUCGACAAUGCUGACGGUGACGGAAAACAAUGCGUUGUAAGGGCCAUGUCUUAUAAGAUGCCAGAGAUAAAACGAGGAAUUAAAUCGGAUGGAGAAGAUCAAUUAAAAAAUCCAGAAAUGACUGUCCCCUCUUCAUUGGAAAUUGACGAAAAUAAUGAAUCGUUUAUUCUAAAGUCAUCGUCUUUAAAAUGGGAUCAUCCGUUUGUUAAGAAACCAGAAUUUAAAGAUCCGAUUUACUUAUCUAUACCUAUUCAAUUGAAUGAUUUUAAUGAAAUCCUGCAGCAACUCGUUGUCGUUUAUUGUAUUGAUGGAGAGAAAUGGGACUACAAGGAAGGUGACAUUAAAAACUACGAAGACGGUACAAGGGUUGAAAUCCCUUUUACCGAUUCGUUUCAAAACCUCAGGUACGGAUUAAAGAUACGCUAUAAGGAAGAUACUAAAGAUUUUAGUCCAUAUGCUGACGGUCAUCUUCAGUCCACGCUGGAUAAGGGUGUUCGAGUUCAGGUUCCAGAAGGCUGUUACGAGAAAAAGGCCAAAUUGAAAAUAAGGGUUGAACCUCUCGAUAUGAAUGAAACGGAUCUUAGCGAAUUGAUGGCAUCGAAUAUUGCGCUGCACGCUUUAGCAGUUAGUCCCGUUGUCAAGAUAUCUUCCAGUGAGCCUAUGUUUACUCCUAUAAACUUGAAAGUCCCCUCUCCAGGACAAUCAUUCUUUGGGAGCAAAAAAUUGGGUUUGAAAUGUCCGCUAGGCGAAGUAAAGAAUGCAAGAGUUAAUUUAUUAACUAAAACAAAGCGUUUCACGAGAUAUCAAGUACAAGAUACACUUCAUUCUGAGCUGGCACAGCAAUACGAUUUUCCAGUUCAAAUUCCUGAAAAGAACGGAGUAUGUUAUUGCGUCUUAGUUCUGGAGGGAACGGAACCAAUAAGCAAUCAUUACGUUAAGAAAGACUCUCAAAGGUCCGAACCUUUCCAAUUUAUCAACGGAGACUUCCUUAAGAAACUUUCCUUAAAGGUCGCCUUAGACGAGCUAAAAGUGAAAUCAUUAGGGAGGCAGUUGGUUAACGUAACAGCAACGGAUUCGGUAAUAAGACAACACGGGUCUGACAUAGGUGUCUCUGCUCAUAAAAUAUUAAAAAUGUGGCAUAAUCAGAAUGUAAAAACAAAUGAGAAUGUUUUAAUGAAUCAAUUAAUUAAAAGCUUAAAAUUAUCCGAUAUGAAAGAAAUUGCCGAAAACGUUCGAGAAGAAUAUAACGACUAUUUAUGGACGAAGGAGGAGCAUAAAAUAGAUGAAAUAUUUAGAGAGAUUAGCGAAUGUUCGGCUAUUUUGAUAAAUUGGAAAUAUAUUGCUAGAGUAUGCGCUCUGGAAGAGGAAGAAAUUGAUAAAAUUGACAAAUCUACAACUAAUCUAAAGACUAAAGCAUAUAGAAUGUUUAAAAAGAGUUUAAGUUUAAUGAGAGAAGCCUAUGAUAGUAUACGAAGUGUUCUCCAAGCCUACAUUUCUAUUCUUAGAGAGAGUGGAUGUCCAAAGAUUGCGGGCUAUGUAGAAAAGCGUUAUUUGGAUGGAUUCAACGUUCAAGUGACCUAAAUUUGCAAAUUUUUACCCAACUAUUUUGUUACUUUAAACAGCAAUUCUCUUCAUCCGCAAUAUUGUCAAAAAUUCCUUAAAUCCUUUUUUUUGCAUAAAAUUUAAAUGAUUAAUAAAAAUUUAUGUAAAUUUGUUCCGCCA